UGCACAAGCUGGUAAUCUGUUUCCGCUGGGUAAAUGAGAAGGCGUAGGAGUUCGAACUCUCAGUUGCCUGUCGUCCCACAGGAAGUGAUAAAGCGGCAUCGUUCAGAUCCUCACACAGCUUUCAAUGGGCUUAAAUUUUUGACUUUGCCACUCAUUUUAAAAUAUCGGAUAUUAUCUCUAGUUGAAAUCACUGACCUGAUAAAUAUGUGGGAUACUUCAAAAGGAUUACGGAUGAUGGUAGGAGCAUACUGUGCAAGCAGUUGUUGCCCACAGUUUUCACAGUUUUAUAACCCGCACAAUCAUCCUCCAGAUAGUCUUAGACGGUUUGCUGAUUUUUACAAGUUUUCUGGAGGUCUUUUCCGUAGAACUUGUCAACAUUUCUCUCUGCGCCGCAAAAUCCAAUUCCUGGAGUUCCACCUACGACGUCACAUGCCUAACUCAAAUCAAUCUCCAAGUAAUAGCCUGAAUUCUCAGAGGCAAGACCAUAACCUUAACGUCUGCAGUGCGGGAUCUACCUGGUGUCAAGCUAUGGAUUUGUACGGUAUCUUUUUAAAAGAAUUCACAGAUGGCUGGCCUGAGCAUGACACUCAGCAAGUUUUCAACAAACUGGUGCACGUAUGCUUCAGUGAAAACUUCUGGUUUCGCCUUUCGUGCAUCAUCAGUCAGAGGCCAGACACAGAUCCUCAGUCUGAACUGACUGUCCGCUUUUUUUUGAGGAUGAUAUUCUUGGACCCCUACUCCUUACCACAAGAAAAGCAGUCACCAAACGCAGUGCUUUCAUCGACUACACCUGUUCCUCAAGAAAACCAUCAUUCGGUAUCAGGUACCAACUCCGUAACUUCUCGGUUUGAUUCGCAGCAAAAUACCCAAGAAAAUGGAAUUUAUCCCGAGGUUAUAAAUUCACUUUUUGAUGGAACGACUGAUCAUUUCAUGUGGCUCGAAAAACAAUCUGAAGAUGAACCUCUCUCCCCACUCUCUCCGUCUAACACCGGUGAUUAUAGUCUUUCAGUCGGUGUCACAGAAUCUGCUGAAUUACUUCAUGGUACCUCGGGAUUUAUGUCACUAUCUUCAACGCCAAUAACUGUCCACCAGUCAUCAUGCUUUUGCGGCAUACCCAUGCCAUAUAAUUGCUGGCCAGCUUCAAAGAAUUUGAUGAGGAUUCUACACUCCUUCCCUCACAAACACCAGGCUAGAAUUCUAUUCAUCUUAUAUGGACCAGCUAACAGGGACGGCCUUUUAUGGCGAACAAUGCUCGAAAAUACAGCCGGAGAUUCUGAACAAUUACUUGAUUGUUUUGGUGAUCUUGGAAGUGUACUAACACACAUGUUAUACUGCAAUUUAUGGACAUCUGACGAUGUAAUCGAAAUUCUUGACCAUCUAAUUACAACCCCUGAUGACUGGUUGGUAGAGAAUGUAGCAUGUUUAUUACAUACAUCAGGACCAGAAAUAGAAUGCCUGUCUUUAACAGAUAAAGCCAGUUGUGGGAAAAUUUCUGAGGUUGCUCUCAUUAUUAUUUCACUAUGCAUACUUCAGGUAAGUAUAUCAUCAACCCCUUUUAAUACCACAUUAAGCUAAAACGUUUUUAGAGGUCGGGGAAACUCAUGCAAGCGGGCAGCAUUGGGAGUUCCCACUAUCUCCCGUGUGCAACAGAGACAACUAUUAGAAGUUAUGUGAAGAUGUUCUGACCUAAAGCCAGCUAGUCAAGUAGUAACUUGAUGUGGUGUCCUGAGGUUUGCAUACCACGACAACCUAUUCCAGCUAAAAAGUCUAUUCUUCGUGAUCGUGUCCUGCCAUCGAGUUCAGUUGGUGAGCGUUGUGAAACUACAAAUAGUCAACAUUAUGCAAAUAAUCAACGUGACAGAGAGCUCACGUCCGGGUGUGGAGUGAUAACGGCACUUUGAACUUGUUCUUCUUGGUAGUGACAUUUUUGACACUUUGAAACAUCACUUUUCAAAACGAUAAAGCAAAUAUAGCAUGAAUUCUUGCUUACUUAAGUCGACUGUUUAAAUAGUUGAUAACUUGUACAGGAUUAAUCUCUGAAACAGCGAUUUGUACGACGUUACACAGUAUCGGAAAUUAAUUUUUCUGCCUCACCGGGGACUUUACGAAUAUGUUUCAUUGAAUAACCCUUUUACCCAGUCCUCGACUUAUUCAGCUUUAUCAUGUCAAAUUUCUACCCCGAAGUUUAUGAAGUAUUUCCAGUGCUCUGUGUCAAAUAGCAUUCUUACACUGUUUUUGCGAGGGAUUUUCUUUUGUUGUGAACAUACCAAUAAACAUGCAACCUGGCAUAAUAGUUUUUAUCCCUACACCCUCAAACUGUUUAGAAAGAAUCGACGAGAGACACUAUAGGAAUGAACUACACUAAAGAAAAGAGGGGAAUAGGUAAUUAAAAGGCAUACACUAGAUAAAUUCAGGAGAAAAUAAAGAACAAGUCUGUUUAUGAUAGUAUGAAUGGUUUGGGGCUAUAGUAAUUAUCUUUCUAGGAUAAUCAACAAUUUCUAAAAUAAAAUUCCCAAAGCUAAAGUCAGUCUCAGUUCACUACACUGCAUAAACUAACUGUCAGUGACGUCACAUACCAACCAGGACAUGCAAACUGCAAUCUCAGCAUGCAGAGAUUUCUACCUCAUUAAAAUAUGACACAAUGAAUCAAAGUUGGAGAAAAGUUUAUCCGAUUCAAUUCGCCUAAACAGUGUACCUCGAUUAAAAUGACUUGAGAAAUAAUGACUGGUCGGUCUUUCCCAUAUCACUGCAAAAAGUCAGAAAGAAAUACUAGCAAACGAUUGGUAGAUGAGAUGGUCUAUUUGCGUGUCUUGUUUCUGUAUAGUGUCUACGCUACCUUAAUAAUAGUCGGUUAUGUUCAUUGCCUCAAAUAUACCAAAAUGAAGAUGAAUGAGAACUGUCCAUCAACUCAUGUGAAUACGAUAUUGAUGUAUAUUGAUAUGGUAAUGCAUCCUAAUAUGCUAGGUUCAAAUUUCAGUUCCUCCAUAAAAGUGAACAAACUCCAAAAUUGACCAAAUAUUUGAACUGUACGUGAAAUGUUUUCUCUCAAAAGCUUUUACGAUUUAAAAAAAAUGAUAGGUGAGAAUACGUACGGAAUUAAGACAAGUUAUCCAAAUUGUCUGUGCGGUCUUCCAAGCCACGAGAGAAAUGGAUAGAGAAUACUUUAUUGAACGGCUAGCUCAAACGUUUUGGGAUAUUUUAGUUGACUUAUAUGAAGCAGACGAGACAGAGGAACGAAUCGAAGAUCUUUUAAUCAUAAUGAGGGCAUACACAGAAUUUGUACGUGCUUUAAUGGUUCACAUUUUUGUAGAAAAAGAAUAAUGAGGCCAUUAAGGCUGUCGUGAUUUCACUACGAAUGUGCUUUCUUUCGCAAACUUUUCGAACUUGAAUCAUUGUUUUGAAGCUUCUAUCAUAUUCCAAAUUUUCCAACACCACUUUUCGUUCUGCACUUAUGGAAAUGCAAUUGUUAUCUGUUUUUCGUUUCGUCUGCAAAAUGUUAACGUAUCAUGAAAUUUAUUUCAAUUAACUCUUCAUAAGUAUUCAGGAAGACUUUAAUACCAA